AUGUCUGCAGACCACCCAUUCGCAGCAUACCACCAAGCUGGUGGCGCAGCUCAAGCUGAAGUCGCAAUGACAACUGCGCCCCUGACCCAUUACAUCCAGGAAGCAUACCAUCAAGUCGACCCCUUUGACGAAGAGGCCCCCAUUUUCCACGAUGAUCUGGAACACACGGUCGAGCCGCUACUUCGCCGUGGGUUCCGCAAUACCAUCAUCCUGGCAGCAGGCGGAUACAACCCGCCUCACUACGGCCACGCCGAGCUGCUCACCCACGUCUUACACCAUGGCGGCGAAGAUCUCAACAUCAUCGCCGCCAUCAUGAUUCCCAUCGACGACGCCCACCUUGAGCGAAAAUUCAGCAUUGCAGAGAACCCCAUCAUUCUGCCCAAAAUGGCACGCCUUCCGCAGCCGCCUGGAGGCUUCAAUCGUGUCCAGCGUUUCACCGUCGACUUCAUGACGGCCGUCGGCCCCGAUCAUGUCUCCAUCAGCUCAGUGCACAGCCCGGCCCGCUGGAACUGUUCCGAGACCAUCGUCUCGGAUGCCUGCCGGCCCGCAGAUUUCGUGGCCGGGCAUCACAAGAACCUCGUGCGCAUCACAGCGUGCACUGAUUGGCACCGGCUGAAACACAUCAAUCUCGGCAAAAUCCGACGCUUGAUCGAGGACAAGGCCGCACGCCGCUUCAACGAUGCUCUCGUUAUCGGGAGCGUGCCUCAUGCUGUCAAGGGUGUGCCCAAGCUCACGAUCCGCUUUGUGCCGUGGACCGAAGGACAACGGAAGCCCAAUGUGUCGUCAACGGACAUUCGGAAACUUAUUGUCAGCUGUGACGCGACUGAGCUCGGCUCGACGAAAGGGCUCGCCGGCAAGGCGCUCUGCCACGAGGAGCUUGUUCGAUGGAUUCUGCGUGAGCUGCCAGAGCGGGCGAAGAUGAGCGCUGUGCCAGUCAAGGGAGAGAGUACAGUUGUCCAUGCGUGGUAG